AUGUCUUUGCGGUCCCCAGAUAGCGAUAGUACUCGGGCUCCAACCCCAGAUCUCACCGAUAAUGAUGAUAGUGAUUUGAGCGAUGGGACAGUUGAUCGUCAAUUAUCGGCCAAGUUUCUACCCGCGUAUGCAGUGCCAUGACUCUUUCUUGCAGAAGCUAAUUCGAAACAGGAUAACUGAGUUCGAUUUCUCUCUCCUUGACAUCUUCAGCCGAACUCCUGGAAAGGGUCGCCGAAUUGCAAUAAUCGUUCUCAAUGGAGAAGAAGCUGGAUUCCUUUUACCUCUUGAGAGAAAAUUGCUCGUCCAACGCUACGAAUGUCCAGCUAUUAUUUUAUAUGCGAGGAGUGAUGAGAUGAUGUCUCAGUACUUUAUCGAAAGUUAUUGCAAAGAUGAUGCUACAACAGAUUCGGAACCAUUCAAGACAUCAGAUGGUGUUCUUGCACUGAAUUAUCUUUUGGACAAGGCAGACGCAAAAUUCGACGAUCGAAAAGCGGGUAGACACACUCGGUCAUUUCUAGGCGGUGCCAAAGAUUUUGUGGCUAUAAAUUAUCCUCAACAGCAUUAUGUACAACUAGAAAAGUGUCUCGUAGAUGAUUGGUUCGAAAUAGUGGCAUAUCGAGCAGGAUGCAACACGGCGUCCGAUGAUAGGACGAUGGGAUAUAGGAGGGUGCAUCUUUCAAACUCGACGAUAAUCGACGCCAAUUUCCCGGACGAGUUAAGGAAAGAUAUUUCCAGGAAUCCUGUUUUUGUCCAUCAAUUCGGAGUUAUUGGAUUCACUCUCAUAAAUCUAUAUUCAAUCCACAAUUUUAACCACAUAAAAGCUGGAAUUCCAGACGGUUUGGUAGAGGAAGAACUAUAUAUAUCCGUCAAUAAGGAUAACGAAAAGCGUUUUAAAGGAAACAAAGCUGGUACAAUAUUCUUCUAUCUUUCACCACGAUUGAGUGAAGAAAGAACAAACAAUGAAAAUAACAAUGAGCUGCUGUUCGAUCUUUAUGAAGUACAGGCCAAAAUUGUGGCCCCCUUUCCGGAUGACCCAAGUAUUGGCGCAGCGGCAACCACACUUGCGGCAAACCUUGCAUUAUACUUAUCUGAGCACGACAUUCUAUAUAAAGAAAAUCACGAAAGAGAAUUGAACAUUGGCGAUCACAGGAUAUCAAAAUUCUUGAUGCGGUUGGAUAGUGUCAACAGUACCAAAAAUCAAGAAUGUCGUGUUGAAGUUGUGGUGGAGACAGAGGUUGAUGCUCUGUUGAAGAUCAAAAUUACUGAACUCAAAUUCGGAGCUCCAAUCACAUUUGUCAAACGCGAAAUGAUGGAGGUGUCUCGUCGAUGUAUGAGUGCGGAUUUUAACUUCUGGGAUGUUGGCUUUAGACGCGCUGGUGAAGUGGAUGAUUACUUUGGACCUAUUAGUGAUUUUGGUGGGGAUGGAGUGGGGGGUUUGCCAUCAUUAUGUAGGAAAGAAAGACAUUACUUAGCUCGUUUGUUUAAGGAAGUGUUGGGACCAUAG